ACCAACACAACAUCUGUAUCAUCUAACUGCGUGAUCCAGAAUGGAAGCAGUCGUUUUUGAUUCCCUAGAAAAGGCGAAUGAAUAUAUUCGAGAAGAAGAAAUACGACACAAUGCUAAAUACAUAGUUAAAUACUCAAAAACAAUGGAUCCAAACAAGCACAUAGAUCUAAAAACUGUCCAGAUUCACUUUGAAGAUCUGACCACUGAUUUCAAAGAACAGUACACUGGUGUUCCUUUCAUUAAUCUUGGAAUGCAGUGGAAAGUGUGCGAAUAUGGAUAUGCAUUAAUGAAAAAGGAAAAACUGAAAAAUGACGAGCAAAGAAUCCGCAAGAGAAGUGUUGAAAGCAAAAAAAGAGGCUGCAAAGCCAUGGUAAAGAUAAAGAUGCGUGUAUUUCUACCACGCUUUAAGGUUGAAAAUGGCUCAUAUAAAAGGUCAUUUCGGGACAAGGCGGUCAAACUGCUGCGGGAGGCCGAGAUGCAGCCUGAAGACAAGCUUCUCAAGGUGUCCUUGAUCUUCAGUGGGGAACAUUGUGACCACUCGCAAUCCCUCAGCAAGGACAUGGCAGACACAACGUUUGUGUCGGAAAUUACGGACAGAGAUGUGAAAUCCGAUGGUACUGGAGUAUCAGAACCAAUGGAUGAGGAACAGAAACAGAUGGUGUUAUUGAGGUGGAGAGAAAGGAGGGAACUUCAGUUAAAGAAACUGUUUGACUACAUUGAUAAAGAUCCUAAGGAGUUGAAAGCUGGGGAGGAGGAUGUGAAUAGAUUGCUGGUAACACAUGGUCUUGGGGAACAUUGCAACCUGUUCAGUGAACAUAACAUUCUCUACACAUAUCAGCUGGUCAAUCUUACUGAAACACAAAUUUCAUCAUGGGGUAUUGGCCAAGAAGUUGUAAACAUGAUAAUGAAAUUAAUUGGCGAGAUUGCGAAGAGAAAAGUUGUAAUCAAAGAUGAAACAUCUGACGAUCUCACAUCCGGUGAUGAUGAAGAAGAUGAAAUUGCUGAAAUCAAUGAUGUAUUAGAGGACAAUGAUAUGAAUGGCCUAAAACUUGAUACAGCAGAAAACAUUAAAGAGCCAUCACCUAAACGUGCCAAGGUCGUUUCAACAAUUACUCAAGACACUGUUAAGUCGAAGACUAAAAGUACUGGUGUUGAACCACUUCCGCAGACUUUGGUGAAUACAGACCAGUUUCCGUCGCAUUGCAAUCCAGCUCUUGGAAUUACACAGUCUACGAUUUACACUGAGAAUGUGGUGAUCAAUCAUUCAAAAACGAUCCCUGGUUUUCAGGAGGUGACUAAGCAUACGUAUAAGCAUGUGUGUAGGAUUGAUGUGACCUUGGACAGCAUGGAAACGUACAUCCAGCCUGUCCCGACCUUUAGACCAAAACCGCCAAAAAAGAAACAGCCGUUAAAGCAGGAGAUAAACGGCAAUGUGUGCAAUGUGUGAAAUAGUUAAAUCAGUGAUAGAAAUUGUGUGAAAGCUUAGUAAAUUUUCAAUUGUGUUUGCUCAGAAUUUUAUUUUAUGUUUGUUUGAAACAGUUUACAUAAAAAUCAAUUGUGUAGGUGCUAAUUGUUUUUGUUAAGUGCAUUUAAAAAAUAUCUGUUUCCAUCCUUGUAGUUAUCGGUACUAGACACAUGUAUGAAGCUGAAAUUGUUUACAUUUUGGUAUGAAUGAUGAUACUUUAUGACAGUGCUGUUAUUACCAAAUUGCAUUUAUAAAAUUUAAUUGAUAUCACAAGAUUAGAGCAGUUCUAAUAAAUAAAUAAUGAUAAUACAUGUAGUUUUUUCUCAUUUUAAUGAUUUCUAUUUGGGUUAUCUUUAGAGAGCCCCUUUAAGCAUUUAUCAUUGUGUUGCCUCGAUUCUCAUAGGAUAUUUAGUUCCUAUGAAAUGAGACUUUGUAAUUUUGAAAAGUGAAUUGUGUAUUUAAAUUAUUUUAUUUUUUUAAUUUUUACUUUAAUUUACUGAUGAAGUUUUGGCUGAAGCAUCAAAGGCACUUCUGUUCAGAUGGUAUCAAAAUCUUUAUCAUUUUGUUUCCUUGUUUACCAUUGGAUAUUUAGUUCCUAUGAAAUUGGACUUUGUAAGUAAAUUGUGUAUUUAAAUUAGUUUUUUAGUUUUUACUUAAAUUCACAUAUGAAGAAUUUUGGCUAAAGCUUCAAAACCACUUCUGUUCAGAGGGUAUUAAAUGUUUUAUGUUCUAUGUUUUGCCAGCCACUCUUUAACAUUAGUUUGCAAGAUAUACAGGUAAAAGACCAGAUAUUUGUAACUAUAAUUUGUGUCAGCAAUAAAAUAAUGGAAUGCUU